AUGGAAUUUUAAGAAAUAUUAGAUGGUUUUCAUUUGAUAUGCAAUGAAUUAUAGGGUUCUUAAAAUUAUAAAAAUAUCAUGGAAUUGUAUAACAGAUCUGCAAAUUUGUAAGAUCUAUAUGAAAAUGGUUUAAUAAUAGAUGGAACAUAAUAUGAAUUUGAUUUGGUUGAACAUAUAGAUGUAAUAUUAUCAAAUUGAAUAUCUAGACUACAAAAUUAGCAUUAGAUAGAUUUAUUUAGAAUGUUUUAGAUUCAGAUGCUGUAGUAUAAGGACAUAGAAAGAUAACAAGUGCAUUUGCUUCUUUAAAAAAACGAUUGAUUUAAAAGGAAGAGUAAUAAAAAGUAGUGGUAAUGACAAAUUCUUAGGUUAUUGCACCUAUUCCAAAUUAAUAAUAAUAAACAAUUAAUAAAGCUAAAUUAUUUGACACGUAAUUAAGUAGUGAAAAUCUAGAUGAUGAAUUAUAAGAGGAAAUCUUUAAUAUAACAAAGAGAAUGAAAGGAAUGGCAGUUAAUAUUUCAGAAUAAUUAAAAUUUGAUAAUAAAGUUAUUGAUAAAAUAUUGCAUAAAUAAGAUGGAAAUAAAACUAAGUUAAAAUUUGAAGAAAAUAAAUUAACUAAUUUUAUGAAAUCCAAAAGUUUAAGUUGUUCAUCACUAUUUUUAAUGCUUACUACUUCUAUUUUUUUGUUUAUCUUUGCCAUAAUUUUCAUUAGAAUUUCAUGA